GAGCGGGAAGGUUCCCCCAGUGCGGAGCCGGCGGCAGGAGAUAACGCUGAAGUACCUGCUUCCAAGCUUUCCACCGCUUUUCUCCUUUAACUUCCCCUUGGGUCAGCUGGCUGUCAGUAUGCCUUCUACCAAGAACACCUCAAAACUUUUCCUGGUCCUCAGUUCACUGCUGCUGCAGCUGCCAGUAGCUGAAGCCCUGGAUGCAGGAGAUACCAUCGCCUUCCUACUAGGCCUUGCCGUCAGUGUGAUUGGAUUCUGUGCCUGCCUUGGCUUGUACGCAAGGAAAAGGAAUGGGCAACAGUGAUUUCAAGAAGAUGCUCAGAUGAAGUGAAUUUCCAAACAUGGCUUGGGGUUGAGAUCUGGGGCGUGAGACUGAGCUGUGGUUCUGGAUGACUUUCAGAAACCAUGUAGUAGGUAUUUUUGCAAACCCCUCUUACUGUGCAAGGCAGCAGAAUCAAGACUACACAGUAAAAGGGAUUUGUUGGAUCUGUCCUUGUGACAGUAACAUGGUUUUAUAUUGCUUGUGUUUAGUUGUGAUUAAAUACUUUCUUAGAGAAGGAUAAGAACUUUCUGAACAGGGAAGGAAAACCACAGUGGUUCACAGUAAAUGUUUAUAAAUGGAACUUGUGUGGGAGACCAUCA